GUUCUUUGACAAGUUGUAAGAAUUAUUUAGUGGCUGCACAACUGAUGGUUCUUUUAUGCAAGAUGCUUCCACUGCAGGUGAUCCAGACCAAGAUGAUUCUGAGAGACUUGACAUGCUAAAUGACAUGGCUAAUUAUGAUGACACAGAUGAUCCACAUGGGCAAGACUCAGACAAACUGCAGUCUGAUAGUGAUGACUGUCAAGAGGUGGCUGCCCUUGGUGCAUCAGCUAGCACUCAAGUUUCAUCAUUUACUGUCAAGUCCAUCAAGCCUAACAAGAGAAAUUUUAAAAGGUUUGGCAAGCAUACAGUACCUGCUGCUGCACGGGUUGGUAGGGCCAGUAAGUUCAACACAAAACCGUCUCCUGCCUAUGCUGAUGAUGAUACGAACGUGGAGAUAACAAAUACUUUGCGUGGUAUCCAAGAGAACCUUGGAAAACCAGUGCAGGUUGCACCUCUUCCAGACCCUAAUGGUCCUCUAUGGGAUAUGCUCAAGAAUAUCGCAUUAACACCAGAUGACAGGCUUGCAGUAGGAAUGCACCUUUGCAAGCCAGAAUUUCAAGUUCAGCGCAGCUUCAUUAUCAAUAUGGGUCAAGAAUAUCUUGAGCGUUGGGUGUUCAACCAUUUAUCUGGUGGCGACCUUGGUGGUAACUGAAUAUGGCUGAUUGUAGUUGCAUGAUCUUUUGAUUAUGGCUGAUGGGUCUGUUUCUAAUGCACUCUUUUGGAAUCAGUAUGUACAGUAUGACUAUAUGCUAAUUAGGUACUAGCGAAGUGGAUAGUCAGAGAGAUGAUAGACGGACAGCCUUGAUGUGCUUUUGUAUAUUGUUGGACUACUAUCUAAUCUUCAGUUGUAAUAUUUGUUAGUAUAUAGCUUGAAAACUAUGAAUAGAGCUCAUAUGAGUUCAUUACGUAUGACUUGAACAUGAGUUGCUGGUUUAUUUCUUCCAUGUGAAAUGCGUCAUGUAUCAGCAAUUACUUAACAUUGGGUGUAACUCAGGCAAAA